CCUGAAUCAUUUCAAUAUUUGAUCCUUUGACCGAGGCAAACCACCAGAUUCUGGCUCGUCAAACAGUUCUGUUUUCACUCAUACCUUACGAAGCUCGGAAAUACCUAUCUUUCCUUUGUCAGAAGUGGCGAAUAGUCCUUUGAAGUUACUGAUAUCAUGCGUUUCGCUGUUGCUCUGUCUACUUUAGUGAGCCUUGGUUCCGCCAGCGAUGACGUAAAUCGUGCAGAUGGAACACUUAGCAGCAAUCCAUCCCAUCCCGAUUCCAAGUCGUUUUCGAUUGGACUUUCCAAGAACCAUGCAGGGUUGUCCAACGAGAGUAUUUCCAAGGCUAGUAUUUCCAAGGCUAAUAAUUCCAAGUCGAAAGUGCUUUCGAACAAAGCCAUAUCAAUCGAUGCGGAAAACGAAGAUCUAGAUGUCAUUCCAGACAUUGGUAUCAUCAGCAACAAGCCUAGCGUUGCAUCCAAUGAUAAAUUUGACUUCAUGUUUCCUAUCGAUGACCACAAUAAGCAAGGAUACCAUUUGCUUCAAGAUCCUACCAUGCCGAGUAACGAACAGGUUUCCCACGGCGUCGCCUAUGCAGGAGACUUGUGGGUGAGCCAAGAGGAGCAACGUCCACUGCAAUCAAUCACGGAUUGUACUGCAAAUUGUUCCACUGGACGCAGUCAUUUGUUGGAAGAUCCUGUGGUUUCCCGCGACUCGGCCGAUUUGCGGGCGGGCCAAGAGGUGCAGCGUGUGCUCGAACCAAGCACAAGCACAGACUGCGCAGUCGCUUGUACCAAUGGACGCCCCAUCAUCAACGUUUCUGGUUGGGAAUUUAGGUCUCUCCUUCGUAGCUGUGCUUUCAGCUCAUCAGAUUGCCCAUACGAUCUUCCAAUCAACUGCUGGGACACAUCGCGUGUCACCAGUAUGUCUUCUGCCUUUUCGGCUUCAAGGUCUUCUCCGACUUACCUCAAACACUUCAACGAGCCCCUGAACUGCUGGGAUGUAUCGAGCGUCACAAAUAUGUAUAUGAUGUUCCACUUCCAGCUUAAAUUCAACCAGCCUAUUGGUGAUUGGGAUGUGUCCAGAGUGGAAGACAUGAAUCAAAUGUUUUAUCAUGCUGCAAAUUUCAAUCAGCCCAUUGGUGAUUGGGAUGUGUCGAAAGUUUCAGACAUGAACAGAAUGCUUGAGAAAACCUAUAAAUUCAACCAGCCCAUUGGUGAUUGGGAUAUCUCAAGCGUGACACGCGUAUUUAAAAUGUUUUAUUAUGCAAUACGUUUUAACCAGCCCAUUGGUGAUUGGGAUGUGUCCAGACUGUCAAACAUGUUCGGCAUGUUUGAUCAUGCUUAUAAAUUCAAUCAGCCCAUUGGUGAUUGGGAUGUGUCCAGUAUGGAAUAUUUGAGUGUCGCGUUUCAUGGAGCAUCUAGUUUCAACCAGCCCCUUGACAAAUGGAAUGUGUCCAAGGUGCAAGGUGUGUGGAAUAUGUUUGAUGGAGCAUCUAGUUUCAACCAGCCCAUUGGUGAUUGGGAUGUGUCCAAAGUGGGAUCUUUGAGAUCAAUGUUUGAUGGGGCAACCAGUUUCAACCAGCCCCUUGAUAAAUGGGAUGUGUCGAGGGUCCAAUCAAUGAUGUAUAUGUUUCGUGAUGCAACCAGUUUUAACCAAUGCCUCUCAACAUGGGCCGGAAAGACCCCUAUGGUUGUCGAUAUGAAAGAUAUGUUGAAGGGAAGUGGUUGCCCGCAGCAAUCGAAUCCGGAUCCAUCUGUAGGGCCCUGGUGCCAAACGGAAAGUGAUUCUUGCUCCGUUGAUUUGUCAUUCACGGCUUGUACUGAAAUUUGUUCCACUGGACGCCCUGUUGUAAAUGUUUCUGGAAAAGAAUUUCGAGAUCUCAUCAAGAAUUGCGUUGUGAACAAUAGCAAUUGCCCGUAUAAUUCUUCUGUCAACUGCUGGGACACAUCUGGUGUCACUGACAUGGCUUACGCAUUCCGAGAUCUGGUAUACACCGAAUUCAGUGAACCACUGCUCUGUUGGGAUGUAUCAGGGGUGACAAACAUGGAAUAUAUGUUUGGAGGUUCAUAUUUCUUCAAUGGAGACAUUGGCAAUUGGAAUGUGUCAAGAGUGACCAGCAUCGAUUCCAUGUUCUCCUCGACGUCUUAUUUCAACCAACCCCUCGGAGAUUGGGAUUUGUCAAGCGUGACAAGCAUGAAUCGAGUGUUCCACAGGUCACCGUUCAACCAGCCCAUCGGCGACUGGAAUGUAUCAAGGGUGACGAGCAUGAGCGAGUUAUUCUCUUCGUCGUCCUUCAAUCAGCCCAUUGGCACUUGGGAUGUAUCAAGCGUGAGAGACUUUGGAGGUUUCUUCGGACCUACUUUUAACCAGCCCAUCGGUGAAUGGGAUUUAUCCAGUGCUACAGUUCUGGAUAGAAUGUUUGCAUUUGCUUCUAGAUUCAACCAGCCCAUUGGGGAUUGGAAUUUAUCAAAUGCAGAGAGCAUGGUACUCAUGUUUAAAAACGCAAAAGCGUUCAACCAGCCGAUUGGGGAUUGGAAUGUCUCAAGGGCUACAAACAUGAGUAAGAUGUUUGAUGACGCUUUUGGGUUCAAUCAGCCCAUUGGUGAUUGGGAUGUCUCGAGCGUGAGAGAUAUGUCUGAAAUGUUCCCAGGAGACGGACAGAAGUUCAACCAACCCAUUGGUGACUGGGAUGUCUCGAGGGUGACAGACAUGAGUUUUAUGUUUAUUUCUAAUAAAGCUUUCAACCAGCCCAUUGACGUUUGGGAUGUGUCAAGCGCGACAAAAAUGCAGGGGGUCUUUUUUCGUGCAGAAAAUUUUAAUCAAUGCCUCGCAACAUGGGCCAGCAAGACACCUGGAAAUGUUAAAGUGGAUUAUAUGUUUGAAGAUAGUGGUUGUCCGAACACAUCAGAUCCAAAUCCAUCGCUAGGACCCUGGUGUCAAGUUGACAGUGAAUUCUGCAUUGCUCCAGAUCCAGGUCCUGAAGAUGAUGAUAUUCCGGCACCAACUCCAGGUCCAGGUCCAGAUAUCCUCUCUACUUGUGCAGACAGUUGUCCMAAUGGACGCCCCGUCAUCAAUGUUUCUGGUUCCGACUUUCGAGCCCUCAUUAGCGAGUGUGUUCCCAACGCAUCGCUUUGCCCAUUUUCACUGAACUGCUGGGACACAUCGCGUGUCACUGAUAUGUCCAAUGCCUUUGCAGCAGAUAGAUUUGGGCCAGGAUCCUUCAACGAGCCCCUGAACUGCUGGGAUGUAUCAAGUGUGACAAGCAUGCGUGGUAUGUUUCAUUCCCAGCCUUCUUUCAACCAGCCCAUUGGUGAUUGGGAUGUGUCCAGAGUGAGAGACAUGGAAUACAUGUUUCAUAAAUGUGAUAAAUUCAAUCAGCCCAUUGGUGAUUGGGAUGUGUCCAGUGUGACAAACAUGAGAAUGAUGUUUGAUGACACUUUUGCAUUCAACCAGCCCAUUGGCAAUUGGAAUGUCUCGAGUGUGCAAGACAUGGCACAAAUAUUUAAAGGAGGAGAUCACCAGUUCAAUCAACCCAUUGGUGACUGGGAUGUGUCUAGCGUGAGAGAUAUGAGUUGGAUGUUUGUUGGCAAUCCUGGUUUCAACCAGCCCAUUGGUGACUGGGAUGUGUCAAAGGUAAAAAGUACGACUGGUAUGUUUGCUCAGACAUCAAGUUUUAACCAGCCCCUUGACAAAUGGGAUGUGUCGAGCGUCAGAAUAAUGGGGCUUAUGUUUGACAGGGCUUCUAGUUUCAAUCAACCCAUUGACCUUUGGGAUGUCUCAAGUGUCACCCAUAUGAUUGGGAUGUUUCGUGGUGCAACCAGUUUUGAUCAAUGUCUCUCAACAUGGGCCAGCAAGACCCCAGUGGAUGUUUUCUUAAGACUCAUGUUUAUAGGCAGUGGUUGUCCCCAGCAAAUGGAUCCAGAUCCAAGACUAGGACCCUGGUGUCAAGUUGACAGUGAAUUCUGCAUUGCUCCAGAUUUUCCUGAAAAUGAGAUCUCUGUUUGCGACAAUAUGGAAGGUUUCCAAAUGAAGGGCAAAACGAUCACCUGCACAGAACUGGAAGACUUCAGCAGCAAGAAGAGAAAAAGAGUGUGCAGGAAGGAAAAAGCCAAGGAGGCCUGCCCCAGGAUUUGCGACCGCCGUUGCUUUUGCAAGGACAAGACCGCCUUCAAGAUCAAACCCAACAGCGACAACGACUUUAGAGGGAAAUUCCGGUGCAAGAACGUAAACAAGGACCAGCAGCCCUCCUGCACCAACAUGGCAUCCAUGGAGAUGAUGGUCGGGGAUCUGUGUCCUGUAACGUGCAACUUUUGUUUUUGAUUCGGGCCACCGAGGCACGAUGCGUGCGUAGUUGUGAAACCAUCAAAUUUCGUCUACUCGUAUGGCUUGGCACUUUAGAACUGACACGUCAGUCUAAACAUUUU